GAUAGUUCAUCUACAAAGAACAGACAAAAUAAUUUGUGCUGAUCAGGGUAUUGUCAAAGUAGGAUCAGUACUAUCUAUCAGUAGGCAUUUUGUAAUAAUGUAAAAAAAAGCAUAAAAGACAAGUUCCUGUGAUUUAAACAAUAAUAUAAAUCAUAAUUAGAUAUUGCAUUUUUCUUUUUUUUUUCUAUAAAGGAUUUAAUUUAAAAUGGCUAGUCAUUUUGGGGAAGUAAUAUUUCCAUCAUCACGAGCAUUUUGGGAUGACGAAGACGAAUAUGAACCAGAUGAGAACUUAGAACAUUGUCCGAAAUUACGUGUUAGCUGGUUAAAAAAUAAGCCAGAACAUAUACAAAAAUUCAUCAUAAUAGAGGGAGAUCCAUUAAUUCCUUUUGUAAAACAAUGUUUAUGUCGUAAUGCAGAAGAAGUAUGCAUCAUUGAAAAUGAAAAUCAAAAGAAAGUUUCUGUCAUUUAUCACAUUGAUAAACAAAUAUAUUUGUGUAUAAUUUUACCACAAUUUAAUACAAAAGAUGCAGGGACAUUUGUAAACCAGAUAUCUGACUUAUUAUUAACCACAGAGAGCACAAUUUCAAUAGUGUGCCGUCAUGUAUCACAGUUUCAGAGUACAGAUGUUCCAGAAAUUCCAUCAUUUUUAAGAAUGUUGGCUACCAAAAAUGCAGAUGUUUCCAAGUAUAAAAUUGAACCAUUAGAACAACCAAAUAUUAUAUUUGGAGUUGGCGCAGGAGUUUUGUCUUAUGCUGAACUUACAGGCAUAUCAGCCAAAUUAUAUGUACUAUAUAUCGACAAUUUUGUACUGGAUUCCAAGUCUGCAGAACCGCUUUUACAAAUUUUAACUAAUGAAAUAGAUUGUAAAUUACAGCUUCCCAAACUUACAGAAAAUUUCUUUAGUAAAGGAAAUCUUUACAUGUAAAA